CAUAUUUUGAUUUUCAAAGAAAUUGAAUUAGGUUUAUAACAUUACAUAUUGUAUUUCUAAAUAUUUUUAUUUUUAAUUAAUGUAAUUCUGCAUUUUAAACUUUAAGUCAACACAACGACACAUCAAACGCGGCCGCCUUAGAUAGAAAAAAGGAUAGGAGAAAACGCGGCAGCUCCCCGUCUCUCUCUCCAGCACGGUAACGACAACCAGGCGCCCCCUCCGCCGACCAGUUUCCGCCGCCACGCCUGCCAACCGUCGAACGCCGUCGCUCGUCUUCGUCCAACCGUCGUACGUCGCCGCCGCAGCAUGGUUUUGAAGAGUUCCUCUUUCAAUCUUGUUACACCAUCGCCUCCUCAUCUUUCUCCUCUCCUCUCCAAUUCCCCCUCGAGGAUAAAUCUUACUGAAAAUAUAGCCAUUGAGGGACGCAAUCUCAGCUUCUCGAUCACGACAAGGCAGGGAAAAAAUGUACCUAUUCUUAGGGAUUGCUCACUCCGGAUUCCUUCGGGACAAUUUUGGAUGCUUCUUGGACCUAAUGGCUGUGGAAAAUCCACUCUCUUGAAGGUAUUGGCUGGUCUUUUGAAUACAACAACUGGUGCAGUAUACGUCAAGAAGCCAAAGUGCUUUGUCUUCCAAAACCCAGACUAUCAGGUAGUUAUGCCUACUGUGGAAGCUGAUGUUGCAUUUGGCCUCGGUAAGUUAAAUCUGAGCGAUAAUGAAGUUAAAUCAAGGGUUUUGGAAGCUCUCAGUGCAGUUGGCAUGUCUGGCUACCUUCAGAGAUCCGUCCAAACGCUGAGUGGCGGUCAGAAGCAAAGAGUUGCCAUUGCUGGUGCUUUGGCUGAAGCAUGUAAAGUGCUUCUAUUAGAUGAACUGACCACAUUUCUUGAUGAGAACGAUCAGAUGGGGGUGAUCAAAGCAGUUAGGAACUCUUUGCACAAUUCAGAAGACGUUACAGCAUUAUGGGUGACCCAUCGUUUAGAAGAACUCGAGUAUGCAGAUGGCGCUAUCUACAUGGAAGACGGAAAAGUCAUCAUGCAUGGUGAUGUGGCAAGUAUCCAAAGUUUCAUCCAAACAAAACAAUCAGAUUAUAUCAAGCGUAUUUACUAUUCUCUGAAUAUUAAUCAGGUUGGAUUUAAGUGAAGAGAUCCAUGAAGGUGCAUGACAUUGGACAUUGUGACAUCGAGAAGCUAGUAGAGUAGACUCGUAGUGUUAGAACUUAGAAGUCUAUUGUUGGAACUCAUGUUACAAAUGAUCUAUACAAUGAGUUGAUAUAUCUUCGAGGAAGUUUAUGAGAUUUGUAUGGAUCUCUUCUUAUUAUAAUCAUCUUCUCAACAGAGAU